AUGCUCACAAGCAAUAGCUUAUUAUUAUCCUCAUCCACAAAUAGUUCUGCUUAUCCUCCAUCCCCUCCAAUGUCUUCUUCAUCCAAAUCAAUACCUAAUGGUUUCUUAAAUCUUGAAAAGGUGGUUUCUACAUAUGGAAACCAGCCUGAGUUAUUAGAGCUUAUUUUAUCAAGCAAAGUUGAAGAGGAUCGUAGAAGAGCUGAAGAAGCAAAACUUCGUAGAAAAGAAAUUGACUUCAUGCUUCAAAAGCAGCAACAAGAGCAACAGCAACAGAAACAGCAACCUCAACCUCAAAAGACAUUGCUGCCUCCCAUCUCACAACAUAGAGUCAAUUCGCUCUCCUCCACAACUUCCAACGGGUCCAACGAUUCAGCAUUACCACGGUUACAACAGUAUCACCAUAGCCACUCUGCUACAUCUCCGUGGAAGAAUUCAGAAUUCAAUUCUUCCGUAAAAAGAAGAAACAGCAGUAGCAUUGAAAUGCUUUUAAGCCCAUCUCCAAAUCCAUCAGAUUUGAAAUUACCCGAGCUGUCUUUGACCCCAUCUUCCUCGUCAUCUACCAUUAGAAACAUUAAUCAGCUACAUUAUCCUCCCAUCUUGAGCAGUAGCAAGCGUUCCCGGUCCAUCAGCUCAUACGAGGAAGAUCAAGAGUACUCUGCUGCUGGUUCAGCACCUCCAUCUCCCCCUAUCGAGCCUGUUGCUGCCUCUUCUGCUACAACUACCAAGCGUCGCAGACGUGAGAUGCAAGCCAUUUCCACCAUCAUUGAAACAAAGGAGUUCCCUUACAAUGAUGACUAUCUGUGGAAGAACAAUGGUAAUACUGUGCAUAAAAAGACUGGAUUCAAGAGCAUUUACUAUAAAUGUUCCAACAGUGCCAAGGGAUGUCCUGUUAACAAGACUGUAACAUUUAAAGAUAACGGCGAGUACCUUAUCAAAUACAGAGGCCAGCAUUUGUCUGAAUGCAAUCGUAUCAAGCGUAUUACAGACCUGUGA